AUGCUCGUUACUAUUGUAAAGGGAGAUACGCUCUGGCAUCUCUGCCAAGAGCAUCUCAAGGAUCCACUCCGGUGGCGCGAACUGAGCAAGUACAACGACUUCACCAAUCCACACCUCAUCUAUCCCGGCGAAGAACUGCGUAUUCCAGUCUCUAUGGCAAAAGAGGUUGUUGGGGUUGCUGAGGAAGAGCUCGUUGAGUAUCAGGCAGAACUGGAACGGCUAAAAGUGGAAUUAGCCGAAUCCGAAGCGACACGAGACAAACUGGAAGCAGAAAUUAGCGGACUCAACGAGAGUAUGGCUCAACUCAAGGCACAACUUAUGGCACUUGAGGAUAGCCUCAAAUCACAAGAGAAGCUAAUGGACGCUGUGAGUCAGUCCAGUGAUGCAGUCGCCUCGGGCAUCAAAGAAGCUCUUGAAAUGAACAAAGCAUGCUAUCCUUGA